GUACAGUACGUAUUUACUAUUCCCAGAAGAUUUAGUGGGCCUAAGCCAACGCGAUUGACAUGAAUGGCAGGCAGCCUACAUGUACGUACAUGUACUAGGAUGUACAUGUAUGCUCGAGACUACGUCCGUAAUUCAGUGUGCCAGGCCUACCACUCAGCACCGUGACCAGAUAUGAAUGUAAACUGAGACAUGUCCCUGGGCUCGGUUAAGGAGGUCAGUAUGGCUGACUGUAAGCCGUGUCGGCGCGUGGUCAGGUGGGAGAAUGAAUGAGAAGGCUCCUACAGUCCUAGUUCCUGUGAGUCCAUGUACAGGGUACUGUAAUUGUACUAAGGCUCUGAUCCGGUCAUCAUUCAAACUCUUUGGCCGUAAGUUCUUCUAUCCUAUACUUCCAGCAUGCCUGUCGCCAGAGAUGGUUCCAGCCAAGGUGAGCAGGCUAUCCCAGAAGCCAUGGAUACUGUUGUCGGCAAUCUUCACGACAUUGGGAACUCAGCCCAGGCAGAGAGCGUUGAUCUACUUUUCCUCAAGGAGGUAAUGCAGGGACGAGUCCUGCAAAAUCUUGUCAAGGCCCAUGAUGCCCUAGAGGAGAUUGAGCUGAGACCAAUACGGAAGGACGGAGUGUCGCUCAUCCAUGACGUCAUUGAGGACAUCAGUCCAUUCAUUACAGAUGAUGACAAUGCUGCAGAGCUAGCAGGGAUUUUGGACGACCCCAACUUUUCUUCACUGACCAAAACCCACGACAGCAUCGCCAAUGGUGACUUUGAGCAGCCGUCCGUAUUCCUGGAUCGCACCCGGCCAGCGUACCCACCACCGCAUGAAUUCAAUGCUGUUGGGGAUGCCAUCAGAAUGGUUGGCAUCAGGAAACCGUCAAAUGUGCCACUGGGGAUUACAUUACGACAGGAAGAGGGUGAAAUAGUUGUGGCCAGAGUAAUACAUGGAGGUAUCAUUGAAAAACAGGGUCUUCUCCAUGUGGGCGACAUCAUCAAGGAAGUGAACGGCAUCGAUGUGACCAAUGACCCGGAUGCCCUCCAGGAGCACAUGAAGACAGCAUCGGGAAAUGUCACCCUCAAGAUCAUACCCAGCUACCACAAUGACUUCCGACUCUUACCCGUGAGUUACACUAGGCAUUUCCAUUAGGAGUAGUUAACAUGUACAUGCUACCACAGAAAAGCAGUUGGUUUUUGUGGUGCAUUAUGGGAAGUAUUGACAUCAAAGCUCAAAGUGGUGUUCCUUUUGCACAAGGACCUGGCAGAUUUGUUUAUUUCUGUACAUGCACCUGGGUGCUGUCUUAACACUUUCAGAUAAGGUAAUGUGUAAUAGGCGGGUUAACUUUGUUGGAACAUGCUUGUUCCUUUGCCAUUUUGUGCCCUGUGCAACUUCACACAGCUGGUAUUAACAUGAUAAAUGGAAACUAUGACAUGAAAAUUCAGCUCAACUUGCCUUCAUACGUGUUACUGUGUGCUACAAGAAGGUGGUAGUUCUUCCAUUCUAUGAAAAUCCUUUUAUAAAUUUUUUCUAUCUAUUAGAGGGCUGUAUUUUGCUUGUCGCACAGGGCACUCCUUGUCAAAUGAGCUUAAUUUUUGGCGAGCUGCGAAACAAAUACGAGCCUACAUGUAUGUAAUACCAAUUUCCGUCUUCCGUCCAUCUGACGGUGCGUAGGGGUAUCCGUCGGGCCGUCCAUUCAUCCGUCAAGGCGGCUGUCCUCAAAUGUUAAAGUUUUUGCUUGCAUUUCCAUAAGUG